AUGGCUUUUGAAAACAUUUAUUUUAUGUAUUGAAUAUGCUUUAAAGUCUAGAGUCUGGCUUUACACAGUAAAUCCUAUACAGGCAAAUGCAUCAGUUGACUUUUUCUGUUCUGUGUCUAUACCACAAAGUUUGCAGUUUACAACAUGCAUGCCAAACUACAGAAACAGUGUGAAAUGUGGAGGCAGACACCAGUCUGAUGGGGUGGGAUGAUGACUGGGAGGCGCCUGCCCUCUCAUUAACCUCCUCGUUUGCUCCACACCUCUUUGUUUACACCUACAUGCCGCUCAAGACCAGGCAGAAGUGCGGCGGCUUCGACUUCAAUCUGCUGUUGUUGGAACAAAAACAGCUAUGUUUGUUUCUGUGCUCUGCUUUAUUUUACUGUUUGGAGUUUCUCAUGCUUCUGACACGGGGGCUCCUGCCCAGCUCGGGCCGCCGUCGCUCGGGUUCAGUUCCUCGGUGCGCUCGGUGUGUAAACCCAUCCCGAGCACCCUGUCUCUGUGCCACGGGAUCGGCUACAGGCACAUGCGGAUCCCCAACUUGCUCGGCCAUGAUUCACUGAGGGAGGCCCAGCAGCAGUCGGCGGCCUGGCUGCCCCUCAUCUCCAAGCUGUGCCACCGGGACACCAAGAAGUUUAUGUGCUCGCUGUUCGCUCCGGUGUGUCUCCCGGAGAUCAGCGGGCCGGUCAGCCCCUGCAGGAGCCUGUGCGAGGCCGUGCGGGACGGCUGCGUGCCCGUGAUGAGCGCGUUCGGGUUCCCCUGGCCGGAGAUGUUCAACUGCACCCGGUUCCCGCGCGCGACCGAGCUCUGCAUCCCUGCAACCGGAGAGCAGGAGGGGCGGACGGUUGAGGAGGUCAGGCACGAGGAGGCGUUGAAAGGGAGUGUCAUCUGUGAUGCCUGUAGUCUGGCUGCUGAAGGAGAGACUGACAUCCAGGAAAACUUCUGCAACAGUCUAUAUGCAUUUAAGAUGCGUCUGGGCAGCGUGUCGACGGUGGGAGGGGACCGUCAGCUGGUGCCUAUGGCUCGCAGCCGAAUCCUGAGGUGGGCAGGGGGAGGUGCGGACAGGGCAGAAGGCAUUGGAGGCGCAAUGGCUCACAGCGCUUUGUGGCUGCAAGAAGGAGGCACCUGUACUUGUCCUGGCUUAGACUCCGCAGAGACAAACAAAGACAGGGGGUCAGAGGAGAAACAGAUGGAUAAGAGACAAGCAAAAGAAGGAAUAAAGGAGGGGAAUGGGGCCCAGGGUGGAUGGUACCUGGCCUUGGCUCAGGCUGAAGAGGGAAGACUGGUGCUGACUCGACUGGUGAGGUGGAGCAGAGGGGACAAAGAUCUGAAGAAGUUCAUCAGAGUUCUCCUUAAACAGCCCUGUCCAGAGCUGUAGACAGGGAGUUACCAACUAUUGCAGUCCUGCCCCAUGGACUUUGCUUUGUGGUCGUACGCACUGCUAAAUAAUGAACAGCUACCAAAUAGUUCCCCAAUAACACUGAAUAAAUCAAGUGAGCACAGAUUGUUAGAUACUAUGUAAAUGAACCAGUGUUUAAAGCUUAGUUAAUAGAUAUCUGUAAAUCUGCAUACUGGCCACUUUCUUGAUGAAUUGUUCCUGAUUAACUCUGAAAAAGGUGCUAAAUCCCACACAAUCAAUAACCAAUCAAGUCUUCCUUACUUAGCACAUAUUAUUUUGUGUCCCAUCAAGUAAAGCAGUGCAUCAUGUUGAGUUGUUACCAAAUACAUCAUUACAUAAAGAGUUUUUACAGAGAACGAUUAUUAGUUCAUGAAUGACAAAAGACAGAGAGCUGAUGUUUGUGUACCUUAUAGUUACCAAUUACCCCAUAAUUCUGGAAAUCUCACACAGGCAGUGAUGGUAAGGCAUCGUUACAAAAGUUACUACUACACAUGGCGUGCAAAGGUUGAUAUAAUUCCAACUGGGGCAAUAAUUGUGUAUUUUUAUUUUAUUUUUUUGUGUACAUUUGUGUAUAUAGAAGAGACGAAAUGUAACCCUUUAAUCAAAGUGCUGAGUAGUUUUAGUAAUGAUUGCAGGGGUGUAGGCUGAUCUUAUCACACGUUUUAUAUUGAUACAUAUUUGCAUUGAAGCAGUGUAAUUGUUGUUAUUCCUGUAAUGAUAAUAAAAUGUUUUCUUAUACUA